AUGAGCUCCACGCAGUUCAACAAGGGCCCCUCGUACGGGCUGUCGGCCGAGGUCAAGAACCGGCUCCUGUCCAAAUAUGACCCUCAGAAGGAGGCAGAGCUCUGCACUUGGAUCGAGGGACUCACCGGCCUCUCCAUCGGCCCCGACUUCCAGAAAGGCCUGAAGGAUGGAACUAUCUUAUGCACACUCGUGAACAAGUUACAGCCGGGCUCCGUCCCCAAGAUCAACUGCUCCAUGCAGAACUGGCACCAGCUAGAAAACCUGUCCAACUUCAUCAAGGCCAUGGUUGGCUACGGCAUGAACCCCGUGGACCUGUUCGAGGCCAACGACCUGUUUGAGAGUGGGAACAUGACACAGGUGCAGGUGUCUCUUCUCGCCCUGGUGGGGAAGGCCAAGACUAAGGGGCUGCAGAGCAGGGUGGACAUCGGCGUCAAGUACUUGGAGAAGCAGGAGUGGAAUUUCGAUGACACCACCAUGAAGGCCAGCCAGUGUGUCAUCGGGCUGCAGAUGGGCACCAACAAAUGCGCCAGCCAGUUGGGCAUGACCGCGUAUGGCACGAGGAGGCAUCUCUAUGACCCCAAGAACCAUAUCCUGCCCCCCAUGGACCACUCGACCAUCAGCCUCCAGAUGGGCACAAACAAGUGUGCGAACCAGGUGGGCAUGACGGCUCCCGGGACGCGGCGGCACAUCUAUGACACCAAGCUAGGAACCGACAAGUGUGACAGCUCCUCCAUGUCCCUGCAGUUGGGCUACACGCAGGGUGCCAACCAGAGCAGCCAGGUCUUCGGCCUGGGCUGACAGAUAUAUGACCCCAAGUAUUGCCCACAAGGCACAGUGGCCGAUGGGGCUCCCUCAGGUGCCGGCGACUGCCCGGACCCAGGGGAGGUCCCUGAAUAUCCCCCUUACUACCAGGAGGAGGCCAGCUACUGAGGCUCCCAGCAUGCUCUCUUCCCACAUCAUCUCCCUGUCUGGGUUUUUGGUUUUUCUGUGUUUUCAUCUUUGUUUUUUUUCUUAGCUGGUUCAGUGCUGCCAAUCAACCAAGGGUCUAUGAGUGGCAGUGUGGGAUCAGGCAGCAGAGCUUUUUUCCCCUUUGCCUUGGUCCUUCACAGGGCUGAGCCACCGGGCUGUGGGGGAGGGAGAUCAAGGCCAUAUCCUGAUACGUGUAGGGCGUGUAGGGCGAGGGUCCCUGCUGGCACGUUCAGGCUGUGCUGGGGAGAAGAGACUAACUGGUUCCCAAAGGUUUCUGGUUGCCUCACCUCUUCCUCCCUUUUGUCAGCUGAGCAGUUUGUGGUUUCUCUGCAAGUUUCAGGAAGUAUUCACAAAAGAAAAAUACAUUUUGUUUUUUAUUCCUGAGGAAUGGGGCAGGGACAGUGGAGAAGGUGCUGGGAAAUCAGUCACCUGGGAAAGGGGGCCCAGCCAUGAUGCUAAAUAUCUCCAGCUCCCAAGUGACUGGAUUUCCCCAGGA